AUGGCAGAAAUGAAGCCUAUCAAGUUGCUAGGAGUCCACGGACCCAAUGCUGGCAAGAUCAUUCUUCUCUGUGAAGAGCUGGGACUCCCCUAUAAGACAGAAAUUAUCCCUCUCCCCAACGUCAAGAACCCCAGCUACGUCGCUAUAAACCCCAACGGGAGACUGCCUUCUAUCCAGGACCCAAAUACAGACCUGACUCUCUGGGAAUCAGGCGCCAUCAUCGAGUACCUCACCGAAACUUACGACAAAGAUAACAAGCUGAGCUUCAAACCCGGCACAGCUGAAGCCUACCACGGUCGUCAGUGGCUCUUCUUCCAGACCACCGGCCAGGGACCGUAUUACGGUCAGGCGAUGUGGUUCAUCAUCUACCAGCCACUUCCUGAAGCUCGUGAGCGCUACGUCAAAGAAGUCAAUCGCGUGACCGGCGUGAUGGACGGGCAUUUGGCUAAGCAGGAGCCUGAUGCGGAUGGAAACGUUUGGUUUCUGGGUGGUCGGCUCUCGUAUGUAGAUGUCGCAUUCUUUACGUGGCAGCAUACAGCUGAGCCGCGAAUUCCGGAUGAGGAGUUCAAUCAGGAUGAUUACCCGUUUGUUAAGAAGUGGGCUGAGAAUAUGCUUAGGCGCCAGAGUGUGCAGAAGUUGUUGAAGAUCCAGGAGACCAAAUAG